AUGGAACCAAAAAAACUUAUAAAACUCCCUUCAGUGGAUCCGAAAGAAUUUCACUUCAAGCCUAAAAACAGCCCUAGGAUUGACCAUUAUCUAACUCCCCAAAAUCCUGUAUAUGAAGGUUUUAGCGAUUUUUGCAAUAAAAACAGAAGAGGAUCCCUAAAUCAGAAACUUCCUAGCCUAGAAAAGCAUAUUUUAGGCUCUAAUUCUCCUUGUUCUCCUUUUUCUCCUAACGGAUUAGAAGGAAUUGACCUAUCUCCAAGGUUUAAAUAUAAGCAGCGAAUCCAUCCUGACCUAAAAAACUUUGAGUUUCGGUGCCAAACAAGUUUGGGAUCCAAACACAGACCCGAAGACCACAAAAUUCACAUAAAUAUCACCAACAUAGAAAGUUCGGACGAAAAAGAUGCCUCCAUAGAUGAAGCAGAAGAAGCAAAAAUCAAGAAAAGCCUUCAAGUCCCCUCCUCAAGCUUCCAAAGAUUUAAAUAUAAAAAACACAGAAAAGGGCGAGGUCUGGAAGCAGCUGCCAGCGAAAUUAGGCUGCCGUUGACUAAAGAUGAUAGCUUUAGCUCACAAGACUAA